AUGGCCGCCAGAUCGCGGACGCAACCUGCAACUGCAACUGCAAGAGGGCGGAGGCAGACCACAGCCUCGCUGCCGUUGGACGUGCUGGUGGACAUCGCGGCACGCAGCGACCCGGCCACCCUUGUGCGCUGCGCCGCGACGUGUGUCGACAUGCGUUGCCGCGUCAAGGAGUACAUCCGCCUCCGUGGCCGCCUCCGCCUCCGGCAUGGCGACCGCUUCGUGCUCCCCCUCCUGCGCGGCCAUCUGAUCCGCGGGCACCAUCGGAAGAAGGAGUUGUUCCUGGUGGACACCGCCGCUGCGGACGACACCACAAUGCACAGGGCCACCACCAUCAGCAGCGUCCCCCUCGCGUCGCGCGAUGGACUCGUCCUCCUCCUCGUUGACGGAGAGCUCCGCGUUUGCAACCAGGUCACUGCCACCAGCCAGACCCUGCCACCUGAACCUGCCUUCCCUGUGAGUGUGAGCAGCGUGCCGGCUAGGGAGAUAAGUUAUGUCUUGGUCGUCGGGGGCGAUAACGAUGAUGGUGCCAUCGCCGUUGGCUGGCAUUUUCAAGUGGUCAUGGCAUAUCUAGACGUGUCACAGCACCGCCGCAACCUGCAGCUCCAAACUUUCUCGUCGGAGCGCGGCACGUGGGGCCACUACACCGAGAUCCGGGCUCACAACCUGCAGGGCAGCCGCUUGGAAGGAGGCCUCGGCAGGACCCUAAUCGUCGGUGGUGCUAUGCACUGGUUGUGCAGGACCAACACCGGGGCCUAUGUCCUCAAGCUCCUUGACAAAACAACACACGUGUCAGCGACGAAGCUCCCUGAAUGCUUCCCCCGGGACUGGUCACACCACCGACUCUUGGCGACGCCGGUGGCGGGCGGGAGCCCCAUUGUGCUCACCACGGAUGGCGACAAGAUAUUUGCUUGGGCGCAGUCGAAGCAAACGGCCAAGUGGCAAGAACGACCACAGGUGGUGAUUGAGACGCAGGCAAUGUUGCGGUUCAUCGACAAGGCGGGCGGAAGCAGGCCGCCGUGGACGGGACGGGGCCUUAAUGUACUGUGGUUUGGUGAGCGGAGCGGCACCGUGCUCAUCAAUUCAUACUGGGGUUUUUUCUGGCUUGACCUGCGGUCUAUGAAGAUUGUGAGGUGGUUCUGGGAUCGCGAUAUCCCGUACAUUGACGAGAAUAUCGGCUAUGAGAUGAAUUUGGCGGAUUGGGUUCCAACAUUCAGUAGUACUUUUUGA